AUGCCUCCCGUGCAGAUCCAACAAGCCCAUGGAGUGACUCUCUCCGAUACUGCCAUGGGUUCCUUUAAGAGGAGGAAGAGGAAAUCCAUCAUGGUGACAGGGAUGCUGUUAAUUGUGUCUGUACUCAUCCUGAUCUUUGGACUAGCAGCGACUACCAGGACACAGAACAUCACAGUGGGCGGCUACUACCCAGGAGUCAUUCUGGGCUUUGGCUCUUUUCUGGGAAUCAUCGGCUCUCAUUUGAUCGAGAACAAGAGGCAGAUGUUAGUGGCAUCCAUUGUGUUCAUCAGUUUUGGAGUGGUGGCUGCCUUUUGUUGUGCUAUUGUAGAUGGAGUUUUUGCUGCAAGGCACAUUGACCUACGGCCUUUGUAUGCUGGUCGAUGUGACUUCCACUCAAGUGAGACUUCGUCUGAGCGUGAUGUACCCUGCCAGACAUCUUCACGUAUGUCCUGUAAACUGCGUGUGAAGAGCAACACCUGUUACUGCUGUGACCUCUAUAAUUGUGGGAAAGAACAUCCUCUUAUUGGACUUCAGAAUAAAGAUGUUUUGAAAAAGUUUAGGAAAUCAUCCAUGAUUUGGAAGGCUAGCCGUGUAGAAAUGAUUGGAGGCUACCACGAGUACACGGAUGUGAGGAGCUGCCAGGAUGUGGUGCACCUCUACCAUCUCCUAUGGUCUGCCACCAUCCUCAACAUCAUAGCUCUCUUCUUGGGCAUCAUCACAGCUGCAGUGCUGGGAGGCUUUAAGGACAUGACUCCAUCUCCUGCCUCAGAUUCAUGUGAACCAGAGGUCAUCUCAGCCCCGGUCCUCUCUGAGCCUCCACCUCCCAGUACCUCCCUCAGUUCUUACUACAACACUGCCCCCUGCCUCCCACCUUACACUGCCUAUGACCUACAGGCUUCCAGCAUGUUCCCUGACUCCUCAGGUCUGUCGGAUGACUCCCAGUCUGGAGCCAGCAUGUGGCCUACUAUGGUCCCACCACGAUAUUCCCCUCCUUAUUACCCACCGGAUGAGAAGCCCCCACCAUACAGCCCCUAA